UGUGAGUCUGCACGUAGCAUCCAGCCCCAUCCUUUUAGAAAUACAGCCCGAACCACCAGAUAGCCAAUAGUGCACCGAAUCAUCACAGACAGGAAGAGCCACCGGACCGAGUCUCCAUCUUCAGACCGUUAACUUCACUGAAUCGGUGUGGGCUUCAGGGAGAGACCCCGACGGCUUCUGCUACAGGAUGCUCUCGAUUAGAAUGGAGCUGCCGUGUUAUUGUUUAUUGCUGCUGAGCUGCCUGCAGUCGCUCUCAGCCCACGCUGACUUCUUCACUUCUACAGGCCAGAUGACAGAUCUGUUGUACACAGAAAAAGAUCUUGUCACCUCUUUGAAGGACUACAUCAGAGCAGAGGAGAGCAAACUAGAGCAGAUCAAACGGUGGGCUGAAAAAUUGGAUUUCUUGACAGUUACUGCCACGCAGGACCCUGAAGGCUUUCUGGGACACCCUGUGAAUGCCUUCAAACUGGUGAAGAGGUUGAACACAGAGUGGGGGGACCUGGAGAGUCUUGUGCUCCGUGACACCACUGGAGGAUUUAUUUCCAACCUGACCAUCCAGAGACAGCACUUCCCAACUGAUGAGGACCAGACCGGAGCUGCCAAAGCUCUCAUCCGGUUACAAGACACUUACAGACUUGAUGCCAACACCAUCUCUACAGGAAACUUACCUGGAGUGAAAUACAAGAGCCACAUGACAGCAGAGGACUGUUUUGAGCUGGGGAAAAUUGCCUACUCCGAUGCCGAUUACUACCACACAGAGCUGUGGAUGGCCCAGGCCCUGAAACAGCUCGAAGAGGGAGAGGAGUCCACUUUAGAUAAGGUGACAGUGAUCGACUACCUCAGCUACGCCAUUUACCAGCAGGGGGAGAUGGAGCGUGCAAUGGAGUAUACAAAGAGGUUGAUUGAACUGGACCCAGAGCACCCGCGUGGCAAGAGCAACCUGAAGUACUUUGAGUUUCAGUUGGAGAAGCAGAAAAAGGCUGCAGAGGAAGAAGCUCCAAAACAGAAGGAGCGCGAGAAAAGAGAAACAGCUGAGAAGAAGAAGAAGAAGCAGAAGAAGUCCAAAAAGGCUUUCUCUCUGAUCCCAGAAAGGGAGAAAUAUGAGAUGCUUUGCCGUGGAGAGGGUAUCAAAAUGACGCCUCGUAGGCAGAGCAGGUUGUUCUGUCGUUACUACGAUAACAGUCGUAACCCCAGGUUACUGCUGGCGCCCGUCAAACAGCAGGAUGAGUGGGACCGCCCCUACAUUGUUCGCUACCUUGACAUCAUCUCUGAUGCAGAAAUUGAGAGAGUCAAGCAGCUGGCAAAACCACGACUACGCAGGGCAACCAUCUCCAACCCCAUCACAGGAGUGCUGGAGACAGCUUCUUACAGGAUCAGUAAAAGUGCUUGGCUCACUGAAUAUGAUGAUCCAAUGAUUGAAAUGAUCAAUGACAGAAUUGAAGGUAUCACUGGGCUUGAAAUGGACACUGCAGAAGAGUUACAGGUUGCAAAUUAUGGUGUUGGAGGUCAAUACGAACCUCACUUUGACUUUGGAAGGAAAGAUGAGCCAGAUGCCUUUAAAGAGCUGGGAACUGGGAAUCGUAUUGCAACGUGGCUUUUCUAUAUGAGUGACGUAUCAGCAGGUGGAGCCACAGUAUUCCCAGAUGUUGGUGCAGCAGUUUGGCCUCAAAAGGGUACUGCAGUGUUCUGGUACAAUCUGUUUGCCAGCGGGGAGGGAGACUACAGCACUCGACAUGCAGCUUGUCCAGUGUUGGUGGGCAACAAGUGGGUAUCAAACAAGUGGAUUCAUGAAAGAGGCCAGGAGUGGAGGCGACCUUGUGGCCUAAGUGAAUCUGAAUGAUUGUCCUCAUCACCUUCGUGCCCCUCUCUUCCCCUCCUUGUGAAACACCCAGGACUAAAGAACUCUGCUGCAGAUCACAGCGUGAUGAUGGAUACACAUGGAUACAAAGAGUCUAAAUGGCUCACCUCCUUUCUAUAAACACUGACUUGUGUUUUUUUUUUCCUCUCGCUCUCCACUUGUUAGUCAGUUUCAGAGACUGUUUUGGUUAAUGUCAAACUCCUGGACUGUAUUGGCAUUAAGGUGCCAAGGUGACAUGUUCAUAAGGUUUGUUGGAUGGUUUUGAGAAACACUUGAGCCCCUUUGUUUGCACUCUGAAUGAACCUUAUAAAAUACUAAACUGCAUCAGAGAUCUUCGUCUUUCCUGACAAGUCAGUUUGAUGUUCAGGUUGAGCUUUCCCUGGCAAACACUCCAAAGAAUUGAAAAUUAUGACCAUAAUCCAGGAUUGUGGGGGUUUUUUGGUGGAAAAAUAAACACUUUAUUCCCUGUAAGCUGUGUAAAGAUCCAGAACUGGUUUUAGUUACUUGCAGUCUAUGCAGUACAUUAUCACAUGUUGCUGAUCUUCCUAAAUGCCACUGUUUAUCACUCAUUGUUGCAAAAUGUAUUGUGCACACAUGCAUGGGUACACUUACAGAGAGGUGCAUACACCCCGAUACUGCAUAACAGUAAUUUUAUAUUUAUGUGUUUUUCCUGGAUUUAAUCCUCAUUGUCUUAGUGUUAUGUGAGGGGGAAAAAACAAGCAGAUGCACUACAUUUUCCCAUAACGGAGUCAAAUAGUGAUUCUUUAGGGUAGGUUUGGAAGAGUGUGACCAAUGCUUUCAGUGUAUAUAAUGUGUUGGGUUUUUUAAGAAAGAGGCAUUUUAUUUAUAUGUCCUAAAAACAAUUUUAUGUUGUUUAUGCUUUAAAUUGAAAAAACAGUGUUUUCUUUUUUCUUUUCUACAAUAAACUACGU